AUGUCCGCUACUCAAGAGAACAGAGCAGCCACUCCUGAGGAUUAUCCUCGCUUCAUGAAGGUUGCGCAUGAGCAAGCUCUUAAAUCCCUUUCAGAAGGUGGCAUUCCCAUCGGCGCUGCCCUCGUCCACCUGCCUACGUCGCGUAUCUUGUCAACUGGGCACAACAACAGAGUACAGAAGUCUUCAAAUGUGAGACACGGAGAAAUGGACUGCCUGGAGAAUCUCGGAAGAGUCAAGGAGGGACUGCUACGAGAGUGCGCCAUGUUCACUACUCUGUCCCCAUGUAUCAUGUGUUCGGCUACCUGCAUCCUCUACAAAAUCCCCGUCGUUGUUCUUGCGGAGAACUUGAAUUUCCAAGGCGGUGAGGAUUUGCUUCAAAGCCAUGGGAUCCAGUGUGUCAACCUCGACGACCAGGAAAUCAAAAAGAUGAUGGGAGAUUGGAUCGAGAGCGAGGCUGGCCGAAAGGUGUGGAACGAGGAUAUUGGGGAGUUGAACGAGUGA